AUGUCAAAAACAUCAGGACCAGCCAGCUAUACCCAGUUCGCGUGCGUAGGCACCGGCUUCUCGGCCAUUGCACUCGGGGCAACGCUGAAGAGGUGGCAUGGCAUCGGCGACAUUCGGUUUUUCGAGCGACACAGUGAGCUUGGGGGAACCUGGUUCAUCAACCAAUACCCCGGAUGCGCAUGUGAUGUUCCUAGCGCACUGUAUAGUUUUUCCUUCGAGCCCAACCCUGACUGGAGUCGAAUCCUGUCCCCUCAAGGGGAGAUAUGGCAGUAUCUUUACGAUGUCGCAACGAAGUACUCGCUCAUCGACAGGAUGCGUUUCGGGGUCAAUGUCCAACGAUGCGAAUGGUCUGAAGAGAAUAAACGAUGGCGCAUGACGAUCCGGGAAUACAACACCGGCAAGAUAUUCUACCACGAAUGCCAGUUUCUUUUUGCAGCCACUGGUCAGCUGAUGCAGCCGCAGGAGAUUGACGUGCCCGGCGCGAGCAACUUCCAAGGCCGCAUAUUUCACUCGUCCCGGUGGGACAAGGAUGUAGAUAUCGAGGGGAAGCGAGUGAUAGUGUUCGGCAACGGAUGUACCGCCUCGCAGAUUGUGCCCGCGAUUGUAUCCAAGACCAAGCACUUGACGCAGGCCAUCCGUUCAAAGCAAUGGUUCCUGCCACCUGUCGAUUCCGAGAACACAGCCAUAUUGAAAUACUUUUUGAGAUACAUCCCAGGAACGAUCUUCCUGCAGCGGUUUCUGUGCUAUGCGAAGGCAGAGGAUGCUCUCCGAGGAUUCUACAUGACAAAGGCUGGCAACAAGUAUCGUCAGGGGAUGAGGGCUAAAGCCGAGAAAUACAUGAGGGAGACGGCGCCUGCAAAAUAUCACGACAAGUUGAUUCCCGAUUUCGAGAUCGGAUGCAAGCGGCGCAUAUUCGAUGCCGGUUAUCUCCAAAGCCUGCAUUCAGAGAACCUGACUCUGUUAGACGAGCCAGUACAAGAGAUCCUGCCCGAGGGCAUCCGUACACAGAACGGGAUCAUAGAGGCGGAUGUCAUUGUUAUGGCCAAUGGGUUUGUGACGAAUAAUGCCGUUGGGGGGCUAGAAAUCGUUGGCCGGGAAGGAGAAACAAUUGAUCAGCAUUGGGAGUCCUUCGGCGGCCCAGAAGCUUACAAUUGCACCAUUGCGAACGGCUUCCCCAACUUCUUCAUCCUCCUUGGACCUAACUCACUCACGGGGCAUAACUCUGCCAUCAUCGCAGCUGAGAACUCCGUCAACUAUGCUCUGCGUAUCAUCGAGCCACUCCUUGACGGCAAAGGCACAGUUGUCGAAGUUACCCGACAAGCAGAGCAGCAAUACGUCGACCGGAUACAAAGAGACAUGGAGAAUACUGUGUGGUUCACCGGAUGCACGAGCUGGUACUUGAAAGAUACCAAGGACGGCAAGAAGUGGAAUGGAGUAACCUAUCCAUAUUCUCAGGCAUACUUCUGGUACCGCUGCUUAUUCCCCAACUUCAAAGACCUUCGAAUCAGCGUAAGUUGCAAGCUGUCAUUUUGA